AAAAAAAAAUGAAAUUUUUUUUUUAAUUGUAUUAUUAAAAACUUUCUUUAAAAUUUUUUAAAUUAAAUUUUAAUUAAAAAAAAAAAUAAAAAAAAAAUGCAAAAGAGAAAAAACAGAAGUUAUAAAAUGAAGUUCCUAAUGUUCCUGAUUACCUGUAUCGGUCUAUUUAAAGAGAAUUUAUGUAUUGAUUAUAAUGUUAAAGUUAUAAGACAUAUAUAUCAUAAUGGUCAAAUAUUAUCAGAAAUUCCUGGAUCUCAACAAUAUUUAGCAUUAUCAUCAUCAUCGUCGCCAUCAUCAUUAUCAUCAUCGCCAUCAUCAUCUCAAAAAUUAUCAACAUCUUCGUCAUUAACAACAUUAGCCCAAAAGAAAUUUUUUGAUAUUGAGAAACCUAUAUUUGAAAAAGAGUUCCAAAAUCAAAAUAAUAAAAGAACUCAUUUUACAACAGCAAUUAAUUCAAAUCAAUUAUUAAUAUUAGAUGGAAUAAAUUUAUAUUUAUUUAGAACAAUUCAGAAUUCAACACAUUUUGAUUUUAUAGCAAAAUUCAAAAAUAGAAAUGAUGAAAAAAUUGAUAUGUUUGAGGCUAUACUAUUCGAAAAUAAUUUAAUAUUGGUUAUUGCAGCAUCUGAUUUUAUUGAAAUUUAUCAAAUAAAUUAUCAUAUCAUUGAAAAUGAAUUAUUAAAUUUAAAUAAUACAUCUAAAAAUUAUGAGAAUGACACACCAUUAAUACAUGAUGAGUUAGAACGUCUUCAAAGAAUACAUAUAAUUGGUCACUUACAUAAAAUAUUUCUUUUUGGUACUGAAAAAUCGAAGAUGGAUACAAGUAAUCUAAGACGUCCCAGAAGUAAUGAAUAUUCAUCAGUUUAUUUAAUAGCUUCAAUAAAAUUUAAUGUUAUGGAAGGAAAACUGAGUACUUACAAAUGGAGUGAAUCAACAUUUUAUUCGGUUGAUAAAAAAAGUAUUAAACCAUUUGAUGAUAUUUAUCUUGUUAAAUCUUCAGAAACAGAUAUAAUACACAUAUUAACAUCGAAAUUUGAAGAAGAAAGUGAACAAACCAGUGUGAUUGUAUAUAAAUUUAUAAAAAGAAAGGAAACAUUUAAAAAGAUUUUAAGUAAUUUUUUUGAUUCGCAUUUAAUACAAAUUUUCGGUUUUAAUAAUGAAAUAAUUGUAUCGGAAUGUUUUCCUGAAGAACAUCAUUGUAAUUAUUUUAAAAUAGUACAAGAACAAUUUAAACAAUAUAAAAUAACAGUUGGUACAGAAGCUGCAAUAUUAAAUGGAACCUAUUGUGAAAAAAUUGCAUCAUUUCAGGCGAAACCAAGUUUUAUAACUUGUAUUAAUGAAAAUAAAUUGCAUAUAUUUGGGGAUGAAAAAUUUGAAGCUUUAAUAUUGCCAAAUAUAACAUUAGAUGAAAAUAUUAUUGAAAUUAAUAAUUUUAUUGAUAAUUUUGGUAAAAAAUUUUUAUUUAUUAUUUACAAAAAGGAUAACACAAAAAUUCUAUUAAAAAUAUAUGUAAUGAAUAAGCUAGAAGAAAUUGCAAUUAUAGGUGAUGCAAGAACUGCAAUUUCAAUUGAAAAACAAUUAGCUCUUGAACAUUAUAUAACAAAUGUUCGAAAUUUAUUGAUUGGACGUGAAAAAACCAUUCAACAAAUUUCAAAUUUAAUACAAUUUUUACGAAAAUAUUCUCCAACCAAGGAAAAUGAAAAGAAAAUUUUAAAAACAAAAUCACAUAUUGUGAUUCCAGAAGGUCGAAUAAAAUCUUUAAACAUUUUAAAUGAUAAUUUUACAAGUACUUUAAAAGAAAUGAAAUCAAACGUUAAGGAAUUAAAAAAUAUAAUAUCACAAAUUAAAACUUCAGUACACCGUCCAAAAAGAGAUACUAUGAAAAAACCAAAACCAAUGAAAAUAAAAAAUUUGAAAGUUAAAAAUAUGACAAUAAUUGAUCAAGAAUUUUCUUCAAAAUUAUUGAAUCAAAUUUUAACAUCAGUACCAUCUAACAAUGAUAAUAAUACAUUAAUAUUUAAGAAUUCUGUUGAAGUUGACAUAUUGAAUGUUAAGGAAUCAAGUGAUAUUGAAAAAUUGAAAAAUUUCGAUAAAUUUCGACAGGAUGCACCAAUAAUGUUUAAUUUAAUGGAUAAUCGUAAUUUUACAGGAUCUAUGAAAUUUAAAAAUAUUCAAGUUAGAGAAAUUAAUGGCAUCAAUUGGGAUAAUAUGUAUGAAAAUGAAAUGUUACGUGAUGAUCAAAUUAGUAUUAUUAAAGGGAAUCUUAAAAUUGUAUCAACUGAUAAACCAAAUAUAAUUGAGGUAUUAAAUACAAGAAGAUUAAAUUUUAUUAAUGUUAGCGAUAUAUUUACAAUGAAUACUGAACAAAAUAUUCAUUCAAAUAUAUUGAUAUCAAGAUUUUUAAUUCAAUCAUUGGAAUUGAAAAAAUUGAAUAACCUUGAUAUUGUUAAUGAUAUUGCAAGAAUUGAUAGAGAAAAUAAUAUAACAUCACCUGUAGAAAUUGAAAAAAUAAGCAUUUUGAAUCACUUACACUUGGAUGAAGAAAAUGAGAGAAUAUUUGCUCGUCAUAUUUUUGGUACAAAGCAUGAAGAUUUCCAACAGAUUUACACUGGUAAUAUUACAAUUAAUGGUGAUGUUACUUUACAUAAUAUAAAUGGGAAUGAUGAAAAUACUAGAUUUAUAAUUGGAGAUCAAAUGCUUGAAGGUGAUUUUUCGAAAAAUUUUUGGUUGAAACACAUUGAUCAGCAAAUUGAACAUCCUAUUAAAUUUACAUCCUUUGUUAAUUUAACAGAAGUUGAAACUAGAAAUCUUAAUGAUUUUCCUUUAGAAGAUUAUUUAUUAUGGAAUAAAAAUCCCAACAAACCAAUUAAUUUAUUUUUUAAGAAUGCAAGAGUUAUUGGUAACAUUACAGUUAAUAAUAGUGAAUCACAAAUUAAAAGAAUAGCAAAUCAAGCAACUUCUGAUAUAACAAAUAUUUUCAUAAAUAAUACAAAAAAUUUCAUGUCAGGUUUGCGAGUAAAUGAAUUAUCAACUCAAUUAAUAAAUGAUAUUAGAACUUCUGAUCUGGUUAAGAAAUCAACUGUUGUUGUUAAUGAUUUUGAAGAAAAAACUUUUCAAAAUCUUAAUGUAUUAAGAAAUUUUACUGUUGAUUCAGAAUUAAUUGUUGAACGUGUUAAUAAUAUUAUUAAUGUUACUGAAUAUCUAGAUCAAUAUAUUAAAAUUGUAAUGGAAAGAAUUAAUGAUACAACAUCAUCAUCGAAGGAAAUGCUAAAUUUACAAAUAAUUUUAUUUAAAAAUGAUAAUAAUCCAGAGGAACCAGUACAAUUAGAGAAUAAGAUUACUUUUAAAAAUAAAGUUGUAAUUGAUAAUGUUUUCAUUGAUAAAAUAAAUGAUCGAUUAAUAAGUGAUUUAUUUAAUAAUAUUUUGAAAAUUUCAAUACCUCAAAUAAUUACUGGCAAAUGGAUUUUUAAUAACACUAAAAUAAGACAUCUUCAGACAUCAUUUAUAAAUAAUAUUCAUACAAGUUUAUUAUUAGAUGUAGAAGCUUCAGAUACACAUAUACAUAGUUGGGAACCAAUUACAUAUGGUUGCUUAGAAGAUAUAAAUGCAAUUAUUAAAUUAGAUAAUAAUUAUAAUAAAAAAAGUCUUCAUAAAAUCCAUAAUGAUAAUAUGAAUAAUGAUAAUUAUGAUGAAGAGAUAUUAUUAAUUGCAUUAGCUAAGACUAAAACAUUAGCAUUAAAACCAGUCAUACAAAAUUAA